AUGACUUCCACGCGUCAAGCCACGGGGAGGAGAGCUGUCAAUAAAGCUGUGUUAUCCUCUGUCAUCACGAAGGAGGUUGUUACCUCUGGAAUACCUCAGACCGAUGUUUCUCGUGCGGCCAAGUCAGCCCCUCCUCGUGUUUCGGGGGUUAUUGCGCCCCAGGCGGGUCAGACUAAUGCAGGUAGCUCACCUAUCGCCCAGAGGCUACCUCGUUUGCCGAACAACCUGAAGUUCAAGAAAAUCCCGAAGGAGACAUCUUCGGAGAAACUCUCGGCGAGCGAGCUUGCUCGAUGCCAGCAGCAGUGCUCCGAGUAUUUGGUUUCCAAGGGGUUGCCAACGUUGCCACCAACGGAGACCCCCUUCCAAAAUACAGUCCCCUCCCCAUUAGUGGCCCCAACAGGUGGUGCUAGUCAAUCUGGAUCAAGAAGCAUGGAUGUCGUUGAAACUACACCUGGAAAUCUCAGACAGUCUCCACCGCGAGGUUGCCACGUGCACUUACCCUGGCGUUCAAAGCGAGAUCAUUUGGCUGCUCGCCAGCCUUAUCUUUGGGACCUGCAGCAUCGGAAGCGUACGUCUCCAAUACCUUCCCCAGGCCCAAGAAAGGUGUCUCAUCUGCCCUCUUCUUCUCAUGGAUGUGGUGAUCAUUCUUCUCCUCGUGAUGCGCCUUCCCCUUCUCGGUGGCCCACUUCUUCCCCUCCUUGGCCGCGUGCUCCCUCCCCCCAUCAGCGCACUCCUUGCCCUCUUGAGGUCGCCCCACGCCCACCCCCUCCUUCUCGUGGGCCCACUCCCUCUUCUAAGAGGCCUGCCUCUCCUCGCCCACGCUCACCUUCCACCCCCCAGCAACAUGCCCCUUUCCAUCAGCGCCCAUCAGUAACAAGUGUUGAUGAAAAGACGGAUGUGGAUGCCCCAUCGUCGCAACCACUACAAGAGCAACUAGGUGUAGGUGAUUCCGGACCUGUAUCUGUGAGUCGGGUUGGACCCUUUUCCGAACACGCUCGGGCGUGGUUUGCAAACUCUCCUGUUGUAGAACAUAUGUCGCCUGCCCCACCUACUCAAUCCUGUCAGACUCUCCCCUACGCAUCCUGGCAUUGCUUAAGAACCCCCCUUGACAGUGUGCACUUCGAGUCGUUUGACAGAACGACUCUGAACACGUGGGCUAAGGGUCUCUUCAACAUAUCCGGAGUGUAUGCCGUUACUCAGAUCACGGCCACGAAAACAUCUUCCAAGUAUGGAAAAUGGCACGUUGCGGUCUUGGCAAAACAACGCAGUGUUCUGGAUGAAGUCCUUGCAGCUCUGUCAGCGGACAGUGAGCGCUACCAUGCUGCGCUCCAGCACUCGGUAAUAGUCCCGAUCGAUCCAUUCUCCGGAAAGGAGGCUUUGAGAUAUAUUUGGGAUUCCCGCUUUGAUUUACACUACAUUGGGCUGGUAUGGGAGGAGUUUGAGUGGGGACUCAAGCGGAAUUGUUUUCUUGUUGAUGCACCACCAGUUUUAACUAACGAAAACAUCGGCGACGAGCUUCUUUACCACGCAUGCGCUCCUCUGGCCCCAACGCAUGAUGAAAUAGUUCCCAGGGAUGCAAUUCUAACUGCAUUCGACUUUGGCCCUCACGUACUUCGGGCUUGGUACGAUGGAUUGCCAUCUUACUUGAAGACGUAUGAUGUGACUCGAUUUAUUCUUGUUGCCCGUGCAUAUGACUCCGCCAUUUUAAAAGGGAAGAAGGCAUUCAUGACCAACAUUUGGCGGACAAAAUCGGACAUAGACAGAGCCAUUCGGAACUUGAUGCUGUAUCUUCGCAAUUCGGAUGAUGCUGUCCAGAGGGUAUCGAAGGAGAAAACGGAGUCAUUCCAGUACUUGAGGGGGGAAACUACCUCGAGUGGACGCAUUGUUAAGCGCUCUGCCCGCUUGCGUGCGUCUCUGGAGGGUCCUGCCGGUGCAAACACGGCCCCUGCCUCUAACGAAACGGAUGUUUCCCUGCCGCCUUCUUCUGUUGCUGGCGUGAAAACGGGUCCCCGCUCUAACAAAAAGGGUGCUGCCCCGUCACCAUCUUCUGUCAUCUGCAAGAACGCCUCGCCUUCUAACAAAAAAGGCGCUGCCUCGCCGGCAUCUUCUGUCACCAGCAAGAAAACCGCCUCCCGCUCCACCAAAAAGAGAGUUGCCCCGCCGGCAUUUUCUGUUGUCCCGCCGGUUGUCCAAUCAUCAUCACCUACCGCUCCACUAUCAACGUCUAUUACCCUUCCACCAGAUCCCCAGCCCGCACAGCCAGCAAUAGCUGAAUCGAGCUCGUCAGUUCAGGUUGUUGAUUCACUACGUAGGUGGAGGCCAUCAUCUUCAAAGGAGCCGUCUCCCAAUCAAGCCUUCGAUUCUCUCCCUAGCAGCCCAGGGACCUCGGUGCCGGACUCCCCUCGCCUGCCUCCUCGCCACAGGGGGUCGGGCAUGAAGCAAGGGGAGGUGACUCGCGACCUCGGCUCCCGAGGCAGGAGCCCUCCCCCGUUAUUCUAG